UUUUGGCAUUCAAGAGUACAGGUAAAGUACCGGAGCAGUUCGAGUUAGAAUGUGCAUUGUCGAGGAAUCGUUUCGAGUUGGAACGACCGGAAGCUAGAUAACGGAUGGUUUUAGGAAGGAUUAUGUUUGUUCGGCGGAGUUAAAUUAGUGCAAUAAUGGUGCAAGUAAAAGGGUUAGUUACCGCAUGUUGAGAAAAUUGAUUCUCUCAGCAAAACGAUAGAAUUGCGCAAAAAUAUCGAUUUGCAAAGUGUUGCCAUCUCACUCAGGCUGGCAGUGGUCCUCGCGCGCACUCACACUAGCGUAGGUGGUGCGGAUUGGCGGUGUCUGUCGCGAGUCGCGAGCGAGUCCCAGUCAAUGUGUGAUUGUUUUGUCUAGCCAGUCGACGUGUACCGAUAGGGCCGUCUCGCGAUAAAGUCGCGAUCCAAUAUUGCGGCUGCUGCUGAUGGUCGAGAGGAAGUGCCAGUGUGUUGGUGUGCUGGUGCGAGACCGAUCAACCGCGAUUUUCCUCGAUGUGGUGGUGCGCGUAAAUACAUCGCUUAGCAUAAUAUAGCGAAAAAUUCUCUUUUGAAAAGGUUCAUCACUCGGCAGACAUGUUUUGUUAGACAAACGUGAAGGUUCUGUUUUGUGUCGCGCGCGCGAGAUAGUUCGUUCUCACUGGUUUGGGAUUAUAGUUGCUGGACGGUGAUCUAGACGACGAGCAAGCAAGCAAGAAAGAGACAGUGGGUCGGUCCGGGUGAAGAACGUGAAGCAGAAUCAGCAGCAGCAGAAGGCAGCGCGUAGAGAAGAAGUCGUGUGAGUGUGGGGUGUGGAACACAGAGCAGAGCAGUGCGACACGGGGAAUUAUCCGCGGAACCGAAUGGCAAAUAGAGGAAACGGCAACCAAGAAAAAUCGCAAAUGAACGGUUCGCGACGACAGAAAAUAGACACGAUGCAGUGAUUUUCGGAUUUCGUCGAAUUCGGUGAAAACAAGGUGUCACGUUGUUUGUUGUAUUGAUUGGAUGGUUUUUUGGUUGUUAAUAUCGCCAAACGCAGACCACGGAGCCAGUGUCUUCGAAGUGACCACAAUCAAGAUUCGAGAGAAACAACAUCCCUAGAGGCGGGGUGACGGAAGAAAAAAAAAGUAUGAUCCAUAGCAAAAAUGGCCUCGGCGGCUGAACAGUUUGCACCCGAUUUAGAUUUAGUUUAAUACAAUCCCCCUGAAGUUGUUUGUCACUGCUGUGAUGGGUGUCUCCUUUUGCCAUUUACGCGGGGUCAGGUUUGUCACAGAAGUUAACGCAAACGAGUGACCAUCGAGCCCCGAAAAAACAGCCGAAUAUAAGUGUUAAACAUUGGAGACGCUAGGAGCGCGAGGGAGAGUUACAAAUAUAAAUAAAACGUUGCGUAAGUGCAGCACUUCUCUGCCUUCUCCAUCCACAUACUAUAUCCAUCGUUGCUUCCAUCGAUCUACCAACCGCGAAGCUUCGAGCAUCGUCAGUCACACCGUGCUUUUGUGUGUUUUCGAGUUUGGGACCACCAUCGGUCGUUCGUUCGUGGGUUUUUUUUUUUCGGCAGGGUUAUUUUUUAUUUCGUCGACCCGUACCGAACCAGCGAACGUGAAAUGGACUCUUCCUCAGCGGACUAAGAAGAGCGCAUAUCGACGGAAACGCAGAAAUCGCAUCGCAAAAACGGCGAGACGUUUGUGACUAUCAAGACGACGACGACGAUGAACGUACGAGAGCGUCACUGUGUGCAGAAAAGUAGAGAAAGCAAAAAUUGAAGUAAUUUUAGUGCCAAUUAAAAUUAAAAGUUUGCGAGCCGAGGCGCGUCCGCAGCCAGAGAGCGCAGAUGGUGGAGACCGUGUAGAAGAAAGAUACACACAGAUAGAUAGCCAGAUAGAGAGAGCGAGCGAGAGUGAGGGGAAAGAUUCUUGGCACAUGGUUUCCGCUGGCUCGCCGCGCCUGCCUGGCAAGCAGCAGCUCGGUUCGCUCUCGUGGUGUCGGUCGUGUUGUCUAGUCUAGACUUGAUAAAUUUUUCGCAGAUGCAUCCUCCUAUGGGCUAGUGCACUUACUUACUUCUGGUUACUGUGUUGCGUUGCGUUGCGGUACGAUUAAGGUACAGGCACAGCAUCCUUCCUCGUAUCCGUGUGCGCCGCCGUGUGAUCGGUACGGAUCCGUCGUCGUCGUGGGAAUGUGGUUGCCACUGCUGUGCGUCAACCGCCCGUCAACAUCGUGUGUGCAUCUCGCGGAAUGUUCUACACUGCUGCUGGCGGCCAAUUUUUGGCACACCACUUCGCUACGCUAAGUAAGCUAAUGUGAACCGGAGAAAAGAUGACGAUGCACCAGUGAAUUCGAGCUGAGAACAGGUGCAGGUGAUUAGUUUCGAAUAGGAAGUUGGAUUCCAACCAGGGCGCUGCAAAUUCUGAUUGGAGGGCUAGUGAUUGUUUUCUCUUUCGCUCGGUUGGUUGGGUUGGAAAGCCCAAGGAAGGAAGUGUGUCUGAUUGUAAAGCAAAGGUUGUGUCACUACUGGUGGGUGCAGUAGUUGUGCGAAUCUUAUCGGAAAACGAAAAUAAUUGGUGUGCAAAUAAUCUUUGAAAUGUGAAGGGUUGCAAGGAAAAUAACCGCAAUCGAGUGAUACAAGUGUUGUACACAUAGUCUGGGUCAAGUAGAUCAUUCGUGUUGUGUUUAUCCUGAUCAGAAUGUUGUGAAUACUAGCGCCUUGGAUAAUUGAAGGCAACAGGGGUUGGAUAUGGCCUGUAGUCGCUAUGAAGGAAUCCGAAUGUUGAAAUAAAAAUAGAGUGAAAACAAGCUGUGAAGAGAGAGAAAAAGAAAAAUAUUAAGGAGUCUAUUUAUACUCAACAAGCGUGCUGUUGUUGCGUCCAAUAGCGAUAACCAUUUGAGCAAUUUUCGCAAGCUGAUAACAAAAAAAAACGUCACAAAUAUGACAGAAUACGUGCCACCACAGCUGAUCACAGUACUGAAGACCUAUCAGGACAAUGCACCGAAAGGCUUGCACGGCCCCGGGCUGUCUUUGGUCCACCCUGGAAAGAGUGGCCAACGACCAGAAUCCCCCGAUCAUGACUCCGACGAAGGUUUGAUAGUGCAACCGAUCACAGGACCCCUUCCUAUGCCAGCACAUCCCAUAAUGACCACACCGGAUCCGGACUGCGGUGUAGUUCAGCUGACAAUGCUGGAAGGGAAGAAGAUCGGAUGCUUUUUGCUAGGCGGCGAAAUGCGGCUCUGUCUGCCACAGAUAUUCAACAAUAUCUUGAUGGACUUCUCGGUCGAACAGAUCAAUCGAAGUAUUCAAGAGCUAAUGAUCUAUCUGUACAACUGCACCGAUCAGCAGCUACAGGAGUUCAAACGAGCCAACAUUAUUCCGGACACGGCCAAAACAUGCGGAUUGAUUACGCGAACAAACGCCGAAAGGCUGUGCAGUUACAUGCUCCAUCAGGCAGAUGGCACUCGAAGUCGGAAGGGCGCGACUUCAUUUCGAGUGUAUCACCGCUGUUUCGGGAAGUGUGAGGGUAUCUUCACCUUCGAACUGUACUCGUACAAGGAACCGGCCUGUAUCGAGUGCUGCGAGUGCCAGGGAAUGUUCUCACCGCAAAAAUUCGUUUGCCAUCAGCAUGAUCGACAGGAAAAUCGAACCUGCCACUGGGGCUUCAAUUCGAGCAACUGGCGGGCCUACAUACACGUGGCACUGGACGAGGAGAAUCGGGAGGCGUACGCCAAGCUGUUGGAGGACAUCUGGAACCGGGAACGCGACACCGAGAUGGAGCUGGAAUAUUGGCUCGCUAAACGAAAGGGCCUCGACGACGGAACCCUGGUGACGAUCAAAGGCGAGCCCCUGAGUGACAUUCCACUGAAGAAACCAAAGCUUAUCACCGAUGCCGCCCUGUACCAGUUCAGCCGGCAGCCCAGUUCAGCAUUUCGUCCAUGGACACAGAAAGCACAAAAAAUCGCGCAACAGCAGCUGAUGCUGCAGCACAUGCAAACCUUCGGCAACGGCAAUGGUUUGCUAAAUGGGGCCGCUAUUGGAUCAGGUGCUGGUUCACCUGGAGGGAUCCUAACGCUCAGCCGCGAACCACCGGUGCUGCAAAAUCCGGAGAGUGUGGUGCGGUUGUCCGAAAGCGACAAGUUCGAACGUAGCUUCCAGCCAAAUGUGGCGCUUGCACCACGAAAGACCAUUCUCUGCAAGGAACGGGAACGAGAGCAGCGGGAACGAUUAUCGGAGAAGGAGCGAUCUGGAGUGAUCAAGUGUGAUGUUCAAAUUAAGCAAGAAAGUCCACCCACGCCACCGGUGGAUGUGAUACGAUCAGUCAUUAAGUGCGAAGUAAAUAUUAAACAGGAACGACCGGCGACGCCACCACCACCUGAUAUGUCACCAGGCCCUCAAGUACCUUCAGCACCGCAAUCUCCUACGCUUCCUCCGGUUGGAGCGCCAAUGCUCGUCGGCGGUCCCAUCAAGUCCGUUCCAAUGUCCUACAGUCCUGUUGCUGAUGUGCAUUCGGGAUCCAAUGAAAUCACGUCGUCCACGUCACCCGUACCUCCCUUGGUCAGCAUUGCCACCAUCAACGGUUGCAUCUCAGAAAAACCAAAGCUUCUAGUGAAAGAGCAGAUAAGUCCACCUUCGCCUGGACGAUCGCCACUUCACAGCGAGGACCUGCAUCAUCACCAUCGAUCUCACCAACCACCUGUUAUAUUGAAAAACGGCAACGGACCUAUGCCAGGAGUUCCGGGUGUACAGAUAGCUGGAAAUCCGGAAUUCGAGCUCUCUACGGAUACGGACGACGACAGUUUAGCAGGAGAACCAGACAGUAGCAAUAACUCACCAUUGGAACUCAUCGGCGAGGUCAUGAAAGAUGUGGCUCAUGAAACCAGGGAUCAAAUACUGCAUAUAUUCAAGCUUCUGAUACAGGAAACGACACAAAUCCGCAACGAUCACAUUCAGUUGAUGCAAGAUCAGAAGCAAAAAGAUGCGCUGAUAGCAGAUCUCCAGCGGGAUAAAGACAACCUUCAAGACCAAGUGCACGAACUACAGCAGCAACUUAAUCGAUCUCUCAUCAAUAUAGCUGCUUCUGAAGCCAACGCCUUACAGAUGCAACAUCAACACCAGCAGGAACUGGCCGCUGCGGCUGCUGCUGCUACGAAUGGAUCGGCACCAUCCUCAACACCUCCCUCCCCUCUAUCGUUGGCCUCCAACGGUAGUAGCAGCCAAAUUAUCAUCGAAAAAAUCGAACGACGGAACAGUUUUCCUGAGAAGUCCGACGUGAUCAUGAAGCCCUUGAAAAAAUCCCUCCGUCGAAGUCCAGACGAUUCGGUGCUCAUGCUUCAAUCGCCUCCUCCACCGCCACCGCCCCCAGUCAGCUUGUCAAUUACAACCAAACCGUCGGAUCCUUUGGAUGAUGACAAAACUUCCCUGCAGCAGCAGAUCGCAUCAUCCCCGGCCGUUGCCAUCAACGGUGGAAAUAGCGUGAUCAACUCGCCCUCACCACGACCUCCUUCCCGACCGGCAUCAACAGCAUCUACAGCUUCCAAUGCGUCAACUGGAGUGCUCCAGGAAAACAGCACGGGAGGCAGUCGACAGCCAUUUUCGUCAUCCUCCUCGAGCAACGAGAUGAUGAAAAACGGAAACAACUGAUAGUUGAUCAUCUACCUUUGAGGUCAAGGGUCAAACUACAAAUGCCUCAGCAAUCUGAGGGAGUUUCGCAGAAAUUAAACCUCCAGCUUUUGUUCUCUUGCUCGAGCUGCGAAUAGCAUACCCCUGGUGGUGGGUAGCUAAAGUACGAAACUAUCGUACUAAUUUGAGAGAAAGAGAGAACUGUUAAGCUUUAUUGUCGAUAUUUUCCCACCAAAUAAUUUCUGUUCUGUUUUAAAUUAGUACGACAAACAUAAACCAUUAGGAUUAUUAGGUUCGAAAACAAAAACCAACUCAACCAAGCACGAUCGAUGAGAGAACGUUUACAAAAAUCUAUUCAAUAAGAGCGAUCCCAAACUCAAAUGAAAACUUUAGAACCAAUAGUUCAAUGUAGUUGUUUGUUGAACCAAUAACCCGAUAGAGGAGCAAAACUACAAAAUACAAACAAAAUUGUAAAAGUUCUCCUACCAACCAAACCGAUAGGCAAUGUAGAAAGACCUACUCAAAGAUAAACACAAACUAGAGGAAGAACCUUUGCGGUUCGUUCUUGUUGAGCGUCAUGCUAAAAAAGUGCAUGGAAGAACCACGUGUAAUAUUACCCCAGAAAAAGAAACCGAAAACGUCGACAAGUGCUAAAUUAUUACUCAUAACCACUAAGUGGUUUCAAAAGUUUUACGCGGUGACUUGUAAAAACAAAAGGAUUUAUUUCUAAAGUAGGAGAUUCACAAACCGUUUCAUAGAAUGCGCAUUAAAAUGUAGUUUAGCAAAGAAAAUCAUAUUCUCCCCCAUUUGUAAAUGGUAGGCACCAUCUGAUAGGAAGGAUCGUUCAAAUCGCUCUUGUGUUCUCUACAGCCAUUAAAACAGGACAUUUUCACUAGUUUAUCACUUCUCUAAAAUCUUCAUAGUGGUCAGUCGAAAUAUUCUCUCUGUCAAUAACUCCGCCUAGUUUUGUCCGUUUGUACUAUUUUACUUUUAACGUGUAUAGCCUGUAACUAUGUAGAUAUGCUAAGAACUGCGAUAUUUUGUAAAUAUAUACUAAUUUGUAGCUCACCGUUUUUCUGUUAGGUUUUUUCGGACAGGAAAAUUGUGCAUUUGUAUUUCGUUUCCUUAACCAUUUGCCACGAACGGGGGCAUUCAAAAUGCCUCUCGCCUAGUUUAGUUACAGUAAACAAGUUAAGAAUAGAGCGAAACAAAGAGAAAAAAAACCGCUCACACUUUAAGCAACAAAUAAGAAAACUAACAAACAAAACGAAUCGAUAUCGCUUUUCAAAAAAGUGUUCAUCUAAAAUGUUUGGUUUCAAAAAUCAAACUACGUACUCCUUAUUUAAAAAUGCAUAAAACAAAAAAAUCCAAGAGAAGAAAGUCUUUAACGAAAGCAAAAUCAUACUGCAUAAAAGUAACUGUUUUGUCGACAAGCUUUUCCUAAGUUUAGAACACACAAAAAAAACGAAACUUCUUAUGUCAAGAACAAAACGCCAAACACCACUACUGGUUUUUCUUUCGAAACAUAACGACAAACAUUUAACUCGACAAACGGAUUCUUCAUACUUUGUUUGAUUAAAUAUUUCGAAUCAAAAUGUUUCAAUUUUCACUACCGAAAAUAUCGGAAAAAAUACAUUUCACAUCUAAGAAUAAAUGUAUAUGUCGAAUAUUAACGGUAGUCCAUAUUUGAUUCAUUUUCAACGAGAUAAGUGAAGAUUUAAAGGGCUUGGCUCAGCAUCUUCCUGAAAGAAAAAAUAUGUUUCAGUUUGUCAAUUGGCCACAUUUAUGAUAUUAAAUUUAUGAAACACAAUAAGUAUAAUUUAUUUAUUUAUGCUACCCUCGUAUCGACUAAGGACUGCGGUAUUACUUCUUCGUACGCCCGAAUAAAGCGUCCUCUUUUCGGCUCGGAAGAACCCCGCGAAAAAAAAAUUACACUGCUACUACUACAUAAUUUGGUUUUGUGAUUUUACUUUGGUUAUAGAAAAGCAAUUUUAAAACACGUACUACUACUUAGUCAUUAUAGUUUUCGCUUAGGACAAAAACAAAAAGCUGCAAACACUACUCUGUUCCUUCUUAUUCUGAAUAGAAACCAAAAAUAUUGAAAACUUUAAAAAAGUCAUCUAAUAAGAGUAUAGGAAAACACACAUACACUGCGAACUAAUCUUUUAGGACAAGUUUUACUUUCGAAAUUCACCGGAAAGAAAUACUGAAUAGCUGUAACCUAAGUUUUGGAAAUUCAAAAACAAACGAAAAAAAAUCACCUUCUCAUUUCGAUUCAAAUUGUUGCAAACUGCUGUUGAAUUUCUAGUGCAUUUCGGAAUGCAUGUUUGAUUUUUAUUUGCUUUUCUACGAACUAGUUAAUGGAUUCGUUCAUUUGGGAUUUUAAAGUUUUGUUGUAGUGCCAAUUUUGGAAUAUUCAUUUCAAAAUGUACUCUCAGUUUGUUUUUUUUUUUUUAAUUGAUGUAUGAUUUUGGUUUUUAUCGAAUAGUUUUCACUAACUCUAUAGUUCGAUUUCCCAACACCGCCAAAAAAGAGCAAUGUAAUGUUUAUCUUAGCUCGUACUCUCAAAUAGUAAUUGCCUGGAAAAGGAAGAGCGGAAGACGUCUCUAUUAAAGUAAUAUAAGAAACAAAAUCAAAAGUGUGUAAUCAACACCAGUCGACAACAACACCUGAAGACUCCUGAUGAGAACAAAGAAGUACAAAUUAGUCAAUACAACUUGCUUUUAAGGUGCAUCUCGUAUACACUGUUAAAUGAUUAUUAAGUACGUCAAAGUUAAAAGAUAGCCAAACCUGUUAACUAGAAAUCCCUAUCUUGUAGAUGAUCGACAAUUGUUGCAUCUUAAGCCAUCCUUUGGCAGCGCACAAGUUGUUAAGCAACUAUUACUGUACAACUACAUUUUUUUUACUCUACGAGCACAUUGUUUGAUUGAAAAUGUAUGUACAAUACAUACAAUGUGAGCUAAACCAGUAACCGUCUCUUACAGUGUACGACGAUUUUCGAUUAAUUCAGUGUUUGGAAUCUAAUGAGAGCAAUUAAAAAUCGGUUAGCAUAAGAAUUCGCAAGGUUCGGAAUUGAGAAGUCGAAUGUAAUUUCAAUGUUACAGAUUUGAUUUUUACCUCCCUGAAAAACAAACUAGUAAUUACUCAUUUUCAACACUUUUAAAAAUCUACUCGCCUAAUUUAGGUUCCAAUCAUCUGGCGCUAAAAUUGAGGAUUUCCACUGUUGACGAUCCAGUGCCAGCGCCUUUACUUGACACCAGUUCAGAAUAUCGUAUCCACUUUUUUUUCUCUGGCUUGGAAGCUUCCGGCCUUUUCCUUGACACUUUUCGGUUGGCGUAUUUUUUUUUGUUAAAUCUAGCACAACAUGCCCGCGUUUUACUUGCCGGAAUUUCUUUAAAUUCCGUUGAAAGAACGCAAUUCUAAGGCUUUUGAAUAUUAUUGAAACUCUAUCCAAACUGUGAAGACGAAUGACUGAUUGAAUAAUUUAACGCUGCUAAAUUCAAACACUGAACUCAAAUGAAAAUAUGCAGCCAUGACGUUACAAUCAACUGACUAGUUACCAUGGCGAUUGUUUACCGUUUGUUUUCUAACGUCAAUGAUCUUCUAUCAGCGGUGUUCAAGCUCGGUUUGGCUCAAUCUAUUCCUUACAAUAAUUUCAUUUGCCAAUGUUCAAAUGGCAACGAUUAAAAAACAGUUGAAGGAACAUAGUUCAUCAGCAACUUACGUAUUUCCUGAUAGAAAAAUGACAAUCCUAAUUAUUGCUGUAAUGAUAAACUGAAUAUGUUUCAUUUCUUCCCACAACCAGCGAAUGCAAUAAUUUGAAUCGAAUCAACUCAUUCUGAAAAAAGUAGAAACGAGUAUGAUAUAAACCCAACAAAACUAGCGUUUCACAGACAUAUUUUAAGGACAAACAAUGUACAGAACUGAAUUUCGAAGCAGUAAUUUACACCAAAAUUUAUAUAAAUAACAACUGAGAAAUCGAUAGAAAAAAAACACUGAUCGGAGUAAGCAAAAACGUAUUAGAACAUAAAGCAAAAAAAAAAGUGUUAUAUAUUCAAAGACUAACUCAAACAACAACAACAAAAACAAGCAAAAUGGUUAUAAGAUCGAAUUUAAUAUGAAAUUAACAAAUUAAAAACCAGCUAGAAGUUCUUUCUCCCACAUUGAAUCACUCACUCAUGCACUCCAUCUUGCGAGACGCACUCUUUCCCCAGUAAUCGUAUAUCUUGCGUUUAGAGGUAAAUGAAUUGAACAAAAAAAACAGAAAAACAAAACCAAUUCCACAUUGUAAAGGAAGUAACACAAACACAGAAACAUCAAUUUGAUAACUGUUUAUUGAAUAUAGUCUAAUUGUAGCGAAACAAAAGAGAAACAAAUACGUCAAAAGAUAAAAUCAAAAGUCAGAAGAACGAACGGGACAAACAAAACAAACAAACAAAAAUACCAAUAUAUUUCUACAAAAUUUUAAAUCUACAGACAGAAAAAACAAUUUCAGAAAAUCAAUGCAUAUUGCGAAGAUAUAUGAGGGAAAAGCAGACAGGCAAAACGAGAAAUAAAAAAUAAACAAAACAAUUCGAAGACAUCACCCUUGAGGAGCAUGCAGACAAAACACUGAAGAUAAUAAAUUAUAAAGACGAAAACGUGAUGGAGCGAAAAAAUAACCACGAGUAGAAAUUAAAGAAUAGAAAACCAAAAAAAGGUUAUCCGACUCCGCAAUGCAAUAGGAUGCACAGAAUUGUGAAGCCAAUCUCGAGUACAGUGCGAAAGAAAGAACGAAACAGAAACAUACAGAAUCUUUCUUUCAUGAUGAAAACAAUAAAAAACAUAAAACAACCAAGCAAAUGUUGUUAAUUUUAAUGGUAAAACUUUUAUUUUGGCUGUGCUUUUCAAAAAAGGAACUACUGUAGUGUUUAAUGAUCUUAUCGGUUAAUACAUUUUUUUUUACGAAUUUCAUAAUUUCACUGAGUUAGGUUUACUCAUGAUUCGUUGCCUGUAGGAAUCUCUCGUUUUAAGGUUAUACUGAACAGACAGACACACUCUCCGAAACAAAAACAAUGAAAAUAAUAAACUCACUCAAACACACACAAACACUCACAUCAGAGAUGAAUCAGUCAGGUCAGUUAAUUCAAAUGAACACUACUGGAAGGUGUUAGUGCUAGAUCGAACUGUUCAAGGUUCGAUUAGCUCGAAAGUUAUUAUUGACUCAUAAAGUAGUGUGCGAAUAAACACACAGAAACAACACAAAAUGUAAAAAAAACGACUUGGUCACUCUAAUUAUUUAUUUUAAAAAUUAAUUUGUAUAAAUUUGCCAUUUAAAUGUUAUCUAGUAAUUAUAGCAAAAGGAUUACAGUACUACAAAGAAUGUAAAGUAAUAUGCUACAACACAAAACUGUUUCAACUUCACUAAAAUUGAACACAAAACCAGAAAGAAGACAAAACAAAUAACUACUAGAAGAUCUAAUAAAUCAGUAAAAAAAAAACAAAAAACAAGUAAGCAAAGUACCCUUAAAUCUAACAAAAUAGGACAACAAUACAAACACUAAAAAAACAUUGUUGAGAGCAUUAGGAAACAUGAGGUAAACAAACGAUUACAUAAAAUAUAUAGUAUAUAUACCUAUAGAUCAAUGCAACAGAAAAACACAAACAAAAUGUAAAAAUGAAGAAAAACAAACUGACUUGUGCUUGAUUUACAGCCAGAACAACAACACUCUUAACAACAGUCCAACCAGCAGAAGAGGAAAGUCAAAAGUAUGAAUUGAAAACGAAACUUGUUUGUGUAAGACAGGUAGAAACAAAACGGUAACAAAGUCUAAUGCUUAAUGAAAUCAACAAUUAAUAAACAGAAUCACAUACAGAAAACAGACACACAUUGUUACAAUAUUAAUAAAAAUCAACAAAAUUUCAACCAAACCAACCAACCAACAAAGAAAGUGUAAGGGACAGAAGCAAAGUUACAAUGCAGAAUGAGGGACAGGAUAACACACAUACAACAACUGAAUCGAAAAACACAGAAAACCACACACUCACAUAAGUACGUGAAACAUGAAACAUCAACUUUGAAAAUUAUUAUAAAAAUAAUUUAAAAACACAGAAAAUUAAUGAAUUAUAAAACAUGAAAAUAUA